CCGCUCAGCCCUCAAACUUAAAGCUCCAUCCGUAUUUCAAGCUAUCGACUCUAUUCCUUGAAAUCAGGAACUAAACCGCGAUCCGGGGCAGAAGUCCGCGGAGGAGUAAUACAACAGCAGAAAUAGGCUCCAAUACCAGAAUCCCCGUGGCUCCGCGUCUGGAGUCGGGAAACCAACAAGUGAGAAGCGCCACGUUCCGGGGGCGCAGCCGCUGGCGGCAGGAGCAGUCGCGGGAGGAAGAAGCGAGCGCCCCCGAGCCGCGAGCCCAAGCUCUCGCCGUCCUCGCUGCUGCUACUCGGAUCCAGAUCUCUGUGUGCGGGCUGCGCCGAUUGCCGGGCAGGAGGCUUCAUUUCACCCUAGUUGCAAGCGGCGGCUGGGAGAAGCCGGUCCCCGGGGAAUAUGCGACGCGUGUGGAUCCUGUUCACCUUGGGCUUGGUGGCCUGCGUGUCGGCGGAGUCGAUAGCAGAGCUGACGUCUGAUAAAGACAUGUACCUUGACAACAGCUCCAUUGAAGAAGCUUCAGGAGUAUAUCCUAUUGAUGAUGAUGACUAUGCUUCUGCAUCAGGCUCAGGAGCUGAUGAGGACGUAGAGAGUCCAGAGAUGACAACAUCUCGAACACUUCCAAAGAUACUGUUCACUAGCGUUGACCCAAAAGUGGAAACUACAACAUUGAAAAUUCAGAACAAGAUACCUGCUCAGACGAAGUCACCUGAAGAAAUCGAUAAGGAGAAAGUUCACAUGUCUGACUCAGAAAGGAAAAUCGACCCAGCUGAAGAGGAUACAAAUGUGUAUACAGAGAAGCACUCUGACAAUCUGUUUAAGCGAAAAGAAGUCCUGGCAGCUGUCAUUGCUGGCGGCGUUAUUGGCUUCCUCUUUGCAAUUUUCCUUAUCCUGCUGUUGGUGUAUCGCAUGAGGAAGAAGGACGAAGGGAGCUAUGACCUCGGGGAACGUAAACCAUCCAGUGCUGCUUAUCAGAAGGCACCUACUAAGGAGUUUUAUGCCUAAAACUCCCACUUAGUGUCUCUAUUUAUGAGAUCACUGAACUUUUAAAAAUAAAGCUUUUGCAUAGAAUAAUGAAGAUCUUUGUUUUUUGUUUUUUUCAUUAAAGAGCCAUUCUGGCACCUUAAUGAUAAAAUCCCACUGUAUUUAAAACUUUUCAUGUAUUUCUUUAGAACCACGUAAAAUUAAAACUUAACAUCUGCAGUGUUCUGUGAAUAGCAGUGGCAAAAUAUUAUGUUAUGAAAACUCAAUGUUCAUGGAAUCGUUUGAAACUUUUAUGCGCAAAUACAAAGUGAUUGUUUUUAUCCUAAGGUUCGAAGAUGAAAGCUGUUUAAUUUUUGUCAGCAUGUCUCGGAUUGACUUUACCAAGUUUGUCUUCAUUAAUUUAUCUGUUGUUUCUCUCUUCUUCUCUGUCCUCCUUCCCCUUGGUCCCCUUGAAAACAAAACUCUCAUGCCUUUUGUAGCUGUCAUGGUGCAGUUUGUCUUUGGAUAAUUCAGAUAAUGGUAAUUUAGUGUAUAUGUGAUUUUCAAGUAUGUAAACUUUAACCUCCACUUUGUAUAGAUUUUUAAGUGUCAGACUAUCCAUUUUACACUUGCUUUGUUUAUCGUUACCUGUAGCUUCGGGCAGAUUUGCAACAGCAAAUUAAUAUGUAAAAUUGGAUUAUUACCACAAAACUGUUCAGUCAUAUCUGUCAGAUCUUCUUUUGGGAAGAUUUGAUGUGAGUCCCUGACAAGCCUCAGCAAACCCAAAGAGUUAACAGUAUUUUGAGAAGUUGCUGCAGAUUCCUUGGGCCACUGUAUUUGUUAAUUUCUUGCAAUUUGAAGGUACGAGUAGGGGUUUAAAGAAAAAUCCGUUUUUGUUCUUAAAAAUGCAUUUAAGUUGUAAAUGUCUUUUUAAGCCUUUGAAGUGCCUAUGAUUCUAUGUAACUUGUCGCAGACUGGUGUUAAUGAGUAUAACAGUUAAAAAAAAAGUUGGUAUUUUAUAAGCACAGACAAUUCUAAUGGUAACUUUUGUAGUCUUACAAAUAGACAUAAAUUGUAAUUUGGGAACAUAAAAACUACUGAAUAAAUCAUGUGGCCUAAUAUUGAAAA